AUGCCCGGCGCUAACACAUACACCCAAGGACCGACGUUUCACGAAGGUGGCCUGAACAAGCUCAGCACCAAUGACUAUCUCGUCCUGGCCGGAACCUUUCACGGGUAUGUAUCUAUAUCGCACCUCCUACCAAAAACUCCGAGCUAUGCUAACAACUCACCCAAAAAAAGCGUCCACGCAAUCACAGCCCGCCUCAACCCCGUCAAGUCCAAUCCCGAUGGAAGACCCCUAUCCAACAGCAGCACCAUCCCCGGCGUACCAGGUGGGAUCCUGACGAGGCCAGAACCGCCUUCGGGGCUGGAGGUGCUUGAGUCAGAGAAUUUUCGGCUGCAGUGCUUCAACACGUUGACGGGGGUCAAGUUUUUGUUGUUCACGGACACGACGCAGACGAACGUUGACGUGAUCAUCCGACGCAUCUACGAGCUCUACUCGGACUACGUCAUGAAGAACCCGUUUUACCAGCUGGAGAUGCCGAUCCGGUGCGACAUGUUUGACCGGAAGCUGUUGUCGCAUAUUAGGGAGGUUAAUAACAGGUAG